UACGAACGCAGAGGGUUGUGGAAAAAAUCCGAGUACAGUUUUAAGAAGAUUCGGACGCAGACAGGUAAAGCUGCUGGUGGCUGCUUAAGUAUAAUACUUGAAACCAUUCAUACGGUGCUGCUGAUAACUGGAAUGCUCGGCCUGGGGGCAGGAAUGCCACCUCCAACAACAAGGAAAAUGAAAUAUUCCUACAUGCACUCAAGUCCAUUACUUCAUGGGAGACUGUUUUCGAGUGUUACAUCAGAUCCAGGGCCUCGAGAUGCUAUUUCCGGCACGUGCAUGCAAAGGGGGAGCAUCAAGCGAGAUCGUUUUGAGUUGUUUAAUGUGAUCAGCCAAUUGAGUGAGGGUAAAGUUGUCGUAAGGAUGCAAGAUGAGGAGAGCCCAUGUCAGCAUCAACGAAAUAAUCUAAUUUCCCGAGAUCCUAAUCGCGGGCUGUGUUCUGGCACGACACAACCAAAUAUCACGAUUUCUGAGAUUGAAAUAAAAUUGUUACGCUGGAUAGUAUGA